UCUUUCUCUUAGCUUUAUUCCUACAUAACCCAAAAGCAGUAGUGUGUAGUUACCUUUUUCAUCAAAGAAAAACCCUCCUCAUCCCAAAGAUAUGAGGCGUAUACUGGCGGUGAUGAGGCAAAACAUCGAAAAUAUGAAGAAGAGUCCUAAAGUGGCUGAUGAAAACAUGUUUGGAGAAGGAAAUGGAACAGAGUUUCCAAUUAUAGCUCAUCAUACAAGACAAGGUCGGAGUGGUCUUUCUCUUAUACACAGCAUAGUUAGAGCUCCACUCUCACUUGUAUCAUGUCUAUCUUCUCACCCACAUAUCAAUGGUGCUACAGAUGGGGUUUGGGUUUCCGGUGAGCUCACACGGAUAUCGGAGGUGAAUCAUCUUAUGGUUAGUGAUAGCAUGCGCUAUGCUAUUUUGAUGUGAGGCUGUAACCAGUGGCUUUCACUCAAUUAUGGGCAUUAAAGAGACAAGAUAAGAGAUUUAGCUGAUAAAUUAAUACUUCAUGUUGGUAUAUUCUUAUAUUUCUAUCCAUGAUAUCUAGUAUAUAGAUAUACAGUGAUCAAUACAUGAAUUGAGUCAGGCUUGUCUUGUUUGCUACAGGGUUAUUUUUUAGAUAACCUUUGGACAUAUUUUCUUUCGAAUGCAUGACCUUCCAACA